AUGGGCCUACGGCAAGCCCUACGACAACCAAGCAUUCGCGAAGAUAUGUCUUGGACGCUGUCGGUCCUGGCGACACAGGCAUAUGAGGAAUUCCAGAAGAGUGGGGAUAUAUCUCACAUUGAUUUUGCGGUGGAGGCUGCUCAACUGGGAUUGGCAAUAAUUCCCGAUACUUCCUCUCACUUAACCCGCCACUUGAACAACCUUGAAGCUUUUCUUGUGUGCCGGUAUGAGUGGACAGGCGAGAUGGCGGACCUGGAAGAGGCAAUCAGAAUAGCAAGACAAGCUAUCGACUCGACACCAGACGACCAUCCCGACCGGGCAGGCAGGUUGAACAACCUGGGAAGGAUGCUUCUUCGGCGGUACGAGCGGAUAGGCGAGAUGGCGGACCUAAAAGAGGCCAUCAGAGCAGCUAGACAAGCUGUCAACUCGACACCGGACGAUCAUCCCGACCGGGCAGUCUACUUGAACAGCCUGGGAAGCAUGCUUCAGAGCCGGUACGAGCGGACAGGCGGGAUGGCGGACUUAGAAGAAGCGAUCAGAGCAGCAAGACAAGCUGUCGAUUUGACACCAGACGAUCAUCCCGACCGGGCAGGCAGGUUGAACAACCUGGGAAUCAUGCUUCUUCGGUGGUACGGGCGGGCGGGCGGGGUGGCGGACUUAGAAGAGGCCAUCAGAGCAGCAAGACAAGCUAUCGACUCGACACCAGACGAUCAUCCCGACCGGGCAGGCACGUUGAACAGCCUGGGAAUCAUGCUUCUUCGGCGGUACGAGCGGACAGGCGAGAUGGCGGACUUGGAAGAGGCAAUCAGAAUAGCAAGACAAGCUAUCGACUCAACACCAGACGACCAUCCCGACCGGGCAGGCAGGUUGAACAACCUGGGAAUCAUGCUUGGUCGGCGGCACAAGCGGAUGGGCGAGAUGGCGGACUUGGAAGAGGCCAUCAGAGCAGCUAGACAAGCUGUCAACUCGACAUCAGACGAUCAUCCCGACCGGGCAGUCUACUUGAACAGCCUGGGAAGCAUGCUUCAGAGCCAGUACGAGCGGACAGGCGGGAUGGCAGACUUGGAAGAGGCCAUCAGAGCAGCAAGACAAGCUGUCGACUUGACACCGGACGAUCAUCCCGACCGGGCAGCCUGCUUAAGUAACCUGGGAAACAAACUUCAGAGCCGGUAUAAGCGGAUAGGCGAGAUGGCGGACCUGGAAGAGGCCAUCAGAAUAGCAAGACAAGCUGUUAACUUGACACCGGACAAUCAUCCCGACUGGGCAGCCUGCUUGAAUAUCCUGGGAGCCAAGCUUGGUCUGCAGUAUGCGCGGACGGGCGAGAUGGCGGACUUAGAAGAGGCGAUCAGAGCAGCAAGACAAGCUGUCGACUUGACACCGGACGACCAUCCCGACCGGGCAGUCUACUUGAACAGCCUGGGAAUCAAGCUUGGUCGGCGGUACGAGCGGACAGGCGAGAUGGCGGACUUAGAAGAGGCAAUCAGAAUAGCAAGACAAGCUAUCGACUCGACACCGGACGAUCAUCCCGACCGGGCAGGCAGGUUGAACAGCCUGGGAAUCAUGCUUCUUCGGCGGUACGAGCGGACAGGCGAGAUGGCGGACCUGGAAGAGGCCAUUAGGACAGCUAGACAAGCUGUCAACUCGACAUCAGACGAUCAUCCCGACCGGGCAGGCACGUUGAAUAGCCUGGGAAUCAUGCUUCUUCGGCGGUACGAGCGGAUAGGCGAGAUGGCAGAUUUAGAAGAGGGUAUCAGAAUAGCAAGACAAGCUAUCGACUCGACACCAGACGACCAUCCCGACCGGGCAGUCUACUUGAACAGCCUAGGAAUCAUGCUUGGUCUGCGGUACGAGCGGACAGGCGAGAUGGCAGACUUAGAAGAGGCGAUCAGAUCAGCAAGACAAGCUAUCGACUCGACACCAGACGACCAUCCCGACCGGGCAGGCAGGUUGAACAACCUGGGAAGGAUGCUUCAGAGCCGGUGCGAGCGGACAGGCGGGAUGGCAGACUUGGAAGAGGCCAUCAGAGCAGCAAGACAAGCUGUCGACUUGACACCGGACGACCAUCCCGACCGAGCAGUCUACUUGAACAGCCUGGGAGCCAAGCUUGGUCUGCGGUACGAGCGGACAGGCGAGAUGGCGGAAUUGGAAGAGGCCAUCAGGACAGCUAGACAAGCUAUCGACUCGACACCAGACGAUCAUCCCGACCGGGCAGGCACGUUGAACAACCUGGCAAUCAUGCUUGGUCGGCAGAACAAGCGGACGGGCGAGAUGGCGGACUUAGAAGAGGCGAUCAGAACAACAAGACAAGCUGUCGACUUGACACCAGACGAUCAUCCUAUUCGGGCAGUCUACUUGGAUAGCCUGGGAGACAAGCUUCUUCGGCGGUACGAGCGGACAGGCGAGAUGGCGGACUUAGAAGAGGCCAUCAGGACAGCUAGACAAGCUAUCGACUCGACUCCAGACGAUCAUCCCGACCGGGCAGUCUACUUGAACAACCUGGGAAGCAUGCUUCAGAGCCGGUAUAAGCGGAUAGGCGGGAUGGCGGACUUAGAAGAGGCCAUCAGGUCAGCUAGACAAGCUGUCGACUCGACACCAGACGAUCAUCCCGACCGGGCAGUCUCCUUGAACAGCCUAGGAAUCAUGCUUCUUCGGCGGUACGAGCGGACAGGCGAGAUGGCGGACUUAGAAGAGGCCAUCAGGACAGCUAGACAAGCUGUCAACUCGACACCAGACGAUCAUCCCAACCGGGCAGGCAGGUUGAACAGCCUGGGAAUCAUGCUUGGUCUGCGGUACGAGCGGACAGGCGAGAUGACAGACCUAGAAGAGGCCACCAGGACAGCUAGACAAGCUGUCGACUCGGCACCAGAUGAUCAUCCCGACCGGGCAGUCUGCUUGAACAGCCUGGGAAGGAUGCUUCAGAGCCGGUGCGAGCGGACAGGCGGGAUGGCAGACUUGGAAGAGGCCAUCAGAGCAGCAAGACAAGCUGUCGACUUGACACCGGACGACUAUCCCGACCGAGCAGGCAGGUUGAACAAUCUGGGAAGCAUGCUUCAGAGCCGGUACGAGCGGAUAGGCGAGAUGGCGGACCUAAAAGAGGCCAUCAGAACAGCAAGACAAGCUAUCGACUCGACACCAGACGAUCACCCCGACCGGGCAGUCUACUUGAACAACCUGGGAAACAUGCUUCUUCGGCGGUACGAGCGGACAGGCGAGAUGGCGGACUUGGAAGAGGCCAUCAGAGCAGCAAGACAAGCUGUCGACUCGACACCAGACGAUCAUCCCGACCGGGCAGGCACGUUGAACAGCCUGGGAAUCAUGCUUCUUCGGCGGUACGAGCGGACAGGCGAGAUGGCGGACUUAGAAGAGGCGAUCAGAACAACAAGACAAGCUGUCGACUCGACACCAGACGACCAUCCCGACCGGGCAGGCAGGUUGAACAACCUGGGAAUCAUGCUUCUUCGGCGGUACGAGCGGAUAAGCGAGAUGGCAGACCUGGAAGAAGCUUCCUCAACCUUACAAGACGCUUGGCAUUGUCAAUCAGCCGUUCCCUUCCAUCGCAUCCGAGCCGGCGCCCGAUGCCUGAAACUCCUCGCUCCUCAACACAAGACUAGCGCCGCUAUAGACCUCGGAAAAAGUAUUAUCGACCUACUCCCGACCGUCAACACGAAAUUGCUCGACCGUGCCGAUCAGCAGUUCGUCGUCUCUACUUUCAGCGGCGUCGCCGCUGACUUGUGCGCUUUCCUUCUUCAAUCCAACCAGCCAGCUGACGCCCUCCGCUAUCUUGAGAAGGGCCGCGCUGUGAUUAUUGGCCAGCUGAUGGACUCCCGGAGCGAUUUGUCCCGCUUGGAACGGCAGCAUCCUGAUCUUGCUUGUCGAUACCAACAGCUCCGAGACGAAGUCAAUAGCCCGCUCCGUCAAGUGGACCAAGGCAUAAUACAGGCACAGCUGCGAACCCGCCGUCUUGAGGCCCUGGCCGAGCUCGACGCAUGCAUCCACGAGAUCCGAGGGACUGCUGGCCACGAGCGCUUCAUGCUGGGCCAGGAAACGGCAGAGAUGCAAGAGUGCGCCGCCGGGGGGAGCAUCGUCGUCGUCAACAUUACAACAUUCCGAAGUGACGCGAUUAUAGUUUCUCCAACAGCCAUCAAGGCACUCAAUCUGCCGAUGCUGGCUGCCGAGGAUGCAAGGGCUUGGCUAAGCAAGAAAUGGACAGGCCGCAGAUCAGAGCGCGCACAGAAGAACAGGGAAUACCUCGAAUAUCUAUCCUGGCUGUGGGAUGCGUGUGUUAAGCAGAUUCUUGACGAGAUUGGCCACAGCCACAACGCGGUGAAUGGCCUGCCGAGGAUAUGGUGGAUCGGCGCCGGCCUUGCCAGCGCGAUGCCUUUUCAUGCCGCGGGAAUACAUUCCACUGAUUCGGCGGAGAAUGCGUUUACCAAGGCUGUCUCGUCUUACACCCCGUCUAUCAAAGCACUUGCGCAUGCACGGCGUCGAGCUAGGGCCACAGAAAGCAUCCGAGGAUCGGUUCUGAUUGCUACCAUGCCGACUACACCAGGCAACGCUUCGUGCCCUGACCUUCCCGGUGUCAUUGAAGAGAAGAAUCGGCUGAUGGACACGAUCAACAGCCACCUUCCCAUACAACAUCAGGAGUUGCCUAGCGUGGAGGAUGUUAUUGAGGGGCUGCGAAGCUGCUGCAUUGCGCACUUUGCCUGCCAUGGAUUUACGGACCAUCUGGAUCCUUCCAAGAGCGGACUGAUCUUACAGAGCCGAGCAACUUAUUGGGGCGACGGAGAGGUGGCUCUGGCACUGCGCGAUGCUGUGAUGGAGGUGCGGGAGAGGGAGUUGAGGAUGCCGCUGGUGUGGGCGCAGUUUGUUCACUUCGUGCUCGCCAGGGCAUCAGAGCUGUUCCUCGGACAGGUGGCUACGCAGUCGGCCACGCCACAAGCAAAGAAAUUUCUCAAGAAGCACCAGGUCAGUGUCCACAAUCUGAGCGAAAUAGACAAGGCAACUUGCCGACUGGCACCGCCCUUCUCGAAGGAGAACUCCCUCCGAUCGUCGACCCACGCAGCCCUCCCGCACAAUUUCCGACAGAACGACCAACUGUUGCUCCUGCGAACCAUCCACCUCACCGAGUCCACUGACGAGCAUCUCGUGUGGCACGAGACAUGCAUCUUCAUCAAACCCAUCCCUGAAUACCUUCUUGACUACGAGUUCUGGCACCAAGAGUUAUGCGCUGACGAAGCUCUUCACAAGAGCGCCUGCGGCCUACUUCUGUCCUAUGCCUGGCUAGUCUGCUAUAAGAGCGACCUGCGCAUCGCGGGCGAGACGGGACUACUACCUGCCAACAUCGACUGGAACGCGCGGCUCAACACUCUCUACCGCUUCGGCGCGGCCGGUUUCUCGCUGCGGAACGUAGUGUACGGCUUCAUGUCAGGCUCGACACGCUACACAACCUUCUUUGAGCGUAACUUUGGCUGGAUCUUAGCCGUCUUCGUCUACAUGUCCGUUGUUCUGUCGGCCAUGCAGGUGGCAUUAGCCACGGAGAGAUUGGUGACGACAUUCGCUUCCAGCAAUUUUCAUAUGGAAUGGCACUGCUGUCGAUGGCCUUCGUCUUGGCGGCAGUUGCAUCAUGCUCCAUGCAUGGUUGACGCUCUUCUGGUUCCACCUCCUGUCAACUGCUCAGUAAUGCAAACGGGUGGCUGCGCAGCGACGGGCUAG